AUGUCCGCAACGCCACUCCAGUUUAUGGCGCUCUGCUUCAUGGCUGGGCUCUUCCUCACCCUGUACUUCUAUACCCAGCGCAGAAAACGCAAUCCCCUCAACCUACCAUAUCCCCCUGGUCCCAAAGGUGUUCCCAUUCUGGGAAACCUCUUUGACAUUCCCACAAGCGGAUACAUCUACAAGACGUUUAGGCAGUGGGGUCGUGAAUUGGGAUCGGACAUCGUUCACAUCCAGGUCUUGGGAACGCACAUAGUCGUGCUGAACACGAAGGAGGCAGCCGAUGACCUCCUAGACAGACGGUCCUCUAUUUAUUCUGAUCGGCCUCGCAUGCCGAUGAUGAAUGAAUUGAUGGGCUUCUACUGGUCCCUGGGCUUCACACCUUAUAACGACUGGUGGAAAAAUUCUCGCAAGCUCUUCCACAAGCACUUCAAUCCAUCAGCGGUGGUCCAGUUCCAGCCAAAGAAGCUCAAGGCUGCUCAUGACUUUCUCCGUCGGCUCGUCGACGCCCCGAACGACUUCCGCGACCACGUGAAACUGAUGGCCGGGGGCGUGAUCCUGGACAUCGCGUACGGCCUUGAUAUCCAGUCUCCCCACGACCCUUAUCUGGAGCGUGCAGAAGAAGCGUUGGCUAUAAUCGACAAAGCGGGGAAUCCAGGGUCAUUCUACGUCGACAUCAUACCGGCAUUGAAGCACGUCCCGGAAUGGAUGCCCGGCGCAGGGUUCAAGCGCAAGGCGAGAGAAUGGCGCGCGUUCGUGGACAUGUUUAUCGCGCUGCCGUUUGAUGCAGUCAAGGCCGACAUGCAGAAGGGGGGCGCGGUGCCGUCGUUUACGUCUUUGGCUCUUCGCGAUAUCAAGGAGGGCGAUGAUCGAAAAUAUGAGGAAGAACUGAUCAAAGGCGUGGCGGCUACGACCUACACCGCUGGUGCGGAUACGACCGUGUCGGUAAUGGCGACCUUCUUCCUUGCUAUGACCAUGUAUCCCGAGAUCCAGCGCAAGGCACAGGAAGAGCUGGACAGCGUCGUAGGCACCGACCGCCUUCCCGACUUCUCCGACGAGCCGUCCUUGCCUUACACGUCCGCCGUCAUGAAAGAGGUGUUGAGAUGGCAGCAAGUGGCCCCAUUUGCAAUCCCCCACCGCGUCAUGGCUGACGACGUAUAUAACGGAUACUUCAUCCCCAAGGGCUCGAUCGUCAUCGGCAAUUCAUGGGCCAUCCUGCACGACGAAAACCUCUAUCCGGAUCCGUUCGCGUUCAACCCCGAGCGUUUCCUCAAAUCCGAUAUCGACCCUCGCGCCCUCGUCGCAUUCGAGCACGCAUUCGGCUUCGGCAGACGCCUCUGCCCAGGGCGGUUUAUGGCGAUGUCCUUUGCGUGGGUCACCAUGGCCAACGUCCUGUCGGCGUUCCGAAUCGACAAGGCGCUCGACGAGCAAGGAAAUGAGAUCACACCGGCGGGCGCGUUUUCGCCUGGGAUCAUGGGGACCCCUGAGCUGUUCGAAUGUAGCAUCAAGCCGCGCUCCAAGGAGGCGGAGAUGCUCGUCCGUGCUACAGGCUAGUCGACCCUAUCGAAGAACUCGACGGCCUGGCCCGCUGCGGCGUGUAAAUAUUUGUAGGAGACGAAGGUAAAAAUCGCGCUCCAAUCGCUUUCGAUGUUUUUUUCCCUCGCUGUGCUGUGGACUGCCCUGUUGUAGAUCUACAUGUACCACAAACCCCUGUAAUGACGACCUGCCGCGUGUCGCUGAAAGGUGGCAUGCGGUGGAUGAACACGAUGAUUGCGACGUUUC